GUAAUGGAGACACAUUUGCGCACUUUCAUUCAAAAUAACUUCUGCGGCUGAGAAAACAAAGAAUGCAAAUCAAGCUUGAGCAGUGAAGUUGUUAAAUUGAUGCGAGAAGAAGAGCUGAACAAAGAGACAGUCAAGUCUUUAAUCAGUAUAACUAGAGGUGCUCCAAAGGGACCAAGGAUGAUUAACGUAAUUUACAGUAUGGUCCAUCACGUAUCCAACAAAAAGCUAGACAAAAGCUUCUUUGAUGACCUAGCAGAGUUCUUUAUUAUCUCUUACAUCAAAUGAGACGAAGAAGGAAAACAAGCACUCCAUCAAGAUAUGAUCCAAUUCAUUAAACUCAUGGAAGACAAAGAAAAAGAGUUUAAUCUAGAUGAUAUUGAUAUAACCUAUUGAAUGGUGCACUUAAUAGCGAGGAGAGUGUAUACCAAAUCUGAAAAUGGCCUUAAAGAAUUUAACCCGGAAGAUUCAGAGUCUUACAAAAGUUUUCUCAAAAGGAAUCUUAAGAAAAUUGACACUCACCUUAAAAGCAAAAUUGAUGGGGACCUCACAUAUUGGAAUGCCUUAAAAGGAAAGAAGAAGUACAUUAGGUUCGCAAGCUUACUUUCUUUGUUCACUUUUAGGAUGCUCAACAUCUGUACCAUAGAGGCAGAUGAAAAGAAUGAGCUUUGAAGUAAUCUACUGAGAAGGGUGUGACACUUAUCCAUAUGUGCGGAAAAAGAGGAUCUGUACUAUCCUAUAUCUGCACUGUGCUCUUAUUUCACUAAAGAAGCCAUUGAUCAAGAGAAAAUAUUCAGCUUGUCUGGAUCAAGAACUAUGUAUAAGAGAAUGAAGAUUUUUGGAAAGCAGUGCAUGAUGAAAUGGGAAACAUUCAUACACUCUCUUGAGAAGAAGAAAGAUGAAAACCACAGCAUAACCAUGAACAUGAUCUUAAUAACUAUUCAAAAAGUUGCGGUACAAAAUUGUGACAUCGACGCAAUAAUUAAAAGCACGAGAAUAUUACAGGAUAUCUACAAUAUGCAGAUAUCAAAGCAUAAGAAUCAACAUCUUGGCCUUUAUUCCCAACUAAUGUGCUGAUUUCUGACAAAUUUUAGGAGCCUAAAUGAGAUGCAGAAGGAGUUUUUCUUCAGACAGAUGAUGAAGAUCCAAAACAUCCUAUUCGUUCACAAAGCCCGUGCUGAGGUGACUGCCAUUUACAAGAACUUGUAUUCUCAAAAAGAGACAUCAAAGAAUUUCGUCAGUCUGAAAGGCAUUGCUUCUAAAAGUGAGACAAAUUAUGGAAAACCAAUUUUGGAAAACUUCCUCUUAAACUCAGACAUUAUGGAAGACCCAAAGCUGAUCGUGAUUUUAUACAAAAUGCUGGUACCUUACAUUGCUAUCUUAGAAAGCUCAGGGAUAAAAUUUAUCAAGAAGCUCAGAGAGUUUCGCUUGGUUAGCUGGAACAAAGAUGGAAAGCUAGAGUUCUGACAAAAGAGACUCAAAAAGGAAGAUAGCACUUCUAACUGGAAAGAUGAAAUCCUAAAUCUUUGUGUAAAGAAUUCUGAUUUCUGGAAUACCUCCAAAGGCCCCAUUCUAAUUAGCAUAAUUGAGUUCAUGUAUGGACUCGUCAAAGGAGAAAUCAGUGGUUGAAUAAGAUCCCUAACUCUCUUAGUCAACCUCUUUCCUGAAGUUGAAGAGAAUUUACUCCCAGCUCUAAAGGAGGUUAUUGAAGAAGAGAGUAAAUAAGGAAGGAGGGAGCAACUACAUUUACACAAAUUUCAUGAUCAGAAGUUUCAAAUAUUUUAAAGAAAGCAAUAGAGAGUUAAAAGAAGAUGAACUAUUUCAAGUCUUAUUUCAACAUAUGGAAGAUCUUAUCAGACAAAAGGAUAUGGCCAAAUGGAUACCAGAUUUCAUGUCCGUGUGGAUAGAACUAAUGAAUCGGAACAAGGUAGAUAUGAUCAUCGAAGAAGCAAGAUUUAACUCAACCAUCCAAGUGUUAUCAAAUUACGAUGAUUUUCGAAGCAUCAACAAUGCGUUUCCUUUUACUUUUAUCUCCUUUGCAAUCAUGAAGGCACAGAAGUCUGAGUGAAAACUACAAGAUUUCUUCAAGCAUUAUUACAAAAAGCUAAUAUCUUUGAUUUCAGGUGACGAUAGAGACCAAUUGAAGUUUCCUACUCUAAAAUAACAGAGUGAAAUCAGGUAAAUUACCAGAGUCAAAAUUAGCCAAAGAAGGGAGCAAGCCUGUCAUCGAUAUCAACCAAGGAGCAGAAGAAAGUAAAGAGCAACCCAUGGGAGAGGAGAGCAAAGAUAGCAGCCAUUCAAAGGAAGCGCAGAGACGAAGAGAGAUCAUCCUUGAGAAGCAUUUCACUCAGUUGAAGAAUAAUGCAAUGAUAAAGUACGGAAGAAUUCGAAAUUUUAUUGAAAAUAUCUUUGUUUCCAUGCACCCACUGAUAUAUCUGAUAAAUUCAGAUGUAUCAGAAGAAGAUGUGAAAGCUUCCGAUAGGUAUACAGUAUUCAAGCCAAAAUAUUGCAAUGAAUGAGGAGAAGACCUUGAGACUAAGAGCUACUUCUCACUUACAAGUGACUGUGAGCAUUGUUUGUAUUCCAAUAGCAAUCUUAUCAUCCCUGAACAUAUCCAAAACAGUGUCAGUUGGUAUGAAAACAAGUAUUAUCUAAGAGAGACAACUGAAAUCUGAAUUCCUGUCGACAGCUUCACCAAAAUUAGUUCAAGUCAGAAGAAAAGUCUCAAAAAGAUGAUUUUAAAACUUCUUGGUGAAAUAUUCCAUACAUUCAUCGAAGCUGUGGAAGAAGAGGAAUACAGAGACUUCUUCUUUAAGCAAGAAGCAUGCCUGAAGCGUUUAAAAACGCCUAAAGACUUCUUCCCCAUAGUCCUAACGAAAUCAGUAAGCUGAGCAUUGCAGAUCUACUUAAAAAUUAAAAGCGAGGAGAUUUUUAAAGUACCAGAAGAUCUAACUGAAGCAGUGAGAAAGAUUGAAAAUAUAUCUGAAAGACUGGCUUCUUCCUUCAAGAUGAUCCAGAACACUAUCCAAGAUAUCAAGUUUACCCUCAAGGCUGAGGAACUAUUCCAAGAGUUUGAGAGCUUAGACUUUGGAGAGGCCAAGGAAGAGAACGGCGCAGCCAAAGACAAUUAA